AUGCCCUCGUCCGAACCUAGCAAGCCACUUGGAAGUCACGAGGGAGCCAAGUCCUGCUGGCAGGUUCUCUUGGCUUUCGUUCAGGUGAACACGUCCAGGAAUCCAGUAUCCGCAGCAGCCGCAGUAGUACUGUUCUGUGUAGUAGUAGCAGGAAAUCCAGGUUGUACCCAUCCGUUGUCCAAACAAAGAUUUGUGAUUCCGUGAGAGUAGGAGAUACCACCGCCGUCGAAGGGUCGAAGGCACUGUCUGCCAGAUGUAGGCUGUGAGACAGAUGGAGCCACCUAUGUGUUCUUAGCCUGCCCGCCCGUGAGGGUCGUGACGAGGCCGCUGGUGUGUGUGUGAGU